AUGCCUCGCAACAUCUCAACGACUCUGAACUAUUUCGAGCCACUGGACGAGGAGGCCCCGUACCAAUACGCUCUGACAGCCCCAGAGGGAAAGCUGUUGCAUAACUUGGGAGUAGAUACUCGGCCGGUAAUCAUCCACGAUGCUCGCGGAAAACAAGAGUCAUUCUCGCUUGACAAAAACGGGUUCCAAUUCGUCAGACACGUGAGCCAGGAGACAUCGUUCGAAGACGACGAAGAAAUCAAGACUACGUAUUAUGAGGAAGGCGGAGUUCUAUUCUGGCAUAGGGAAGGCGCCUCACAUUUUACAAACUUCGCCUCUCUCCGUCUUUCUUCCGUCAUAUUCGGCAGACGCAAGCGAAACCACAAUGGAGAAGACGAACCUGGAGCGCGUGGUCCAGUGGAACGUGUUCAUGUCGACCAGACGUUUGACGCGUCUGUAUUGAGGGUACAGCGUGAACUUGGCGAUGAGGCAGACCACUAUCUCAAGGGCCGCGUGCGUAUCAUAAAUGUCUGGCGGCCCAUCCGCAAUCCUGUCGCCCACAAGCCGCUGGCGGUAUCAGACUGGCGCUGCCUCGUCCCUGAGCGCGACCUUGUUUCUGUUCGCCUAAUCUACCCGAACCGUACGAGUAGCACAUUCAGCGUGCUGCAUAACCCUGACCACAAAUGGUACUAUUUGGCGGACCAGACUCCGGAGGAGGUGACGUUAAUCAAAUGUUAUGACUCGGCGGUGGACAGGGCGAGGCUGUCGCCACACUCUGCGUUUCUGGAUAAGACGAGUCCCCCCGAGGCGCCUCACCGGGAGUCAAUUGAGGUUAGAUGCCUUGCCUUCGACGUGGAAUGA